CGAAGACAGCUGUUUGCAACUUUGCGCUUUGCAGACAGAAGGUUGAUUUCGCAGAGUCACCACAGUUUACAGUUGUUAAAUUGUUUGCUUUUUAAGUUAUUGCUACUUUAUAAGUAACAUUUGAAUCCUUGACAGUUGUUUUUGAUAUUAAUAACACAUUUUUGUGAUUUGGUACUGUAUCCCGUGGCCGUAUGCUGAAUUAUUCCGGGUUUUCGAAGUUGAGCACGGUUUCCAAACAUUCCUAUCACAUCAGCUUCUCUUCGCAAGCGUUUUUAUCCUUCUUUCGGAUAGCAUAUUCUACAAACAUGAGCGGCGAUUCGAAGAAUCAAGAGAAUGCAGGGAAGAAACCACAAGAAACUGAUAAUGCUAAGAGACUUUUGCAACAGUCGCAGUUUCGAAACUGGAUCAAAGCGGACGGAUCGAGUGAAUUUCCGGCAGAAGCCAACCGCUACCAUCUGUAUGUAUCCUGGGCAUGUCCAUGGGCGCAUAGAACCAUCAUUGCUCGAAGUUUGAAGGGCCUUGAAGAUGUUAUUUCCAUGACAGUGGUCGACUGGGCUCUUGAUCGUAGCAAAGGGUGGUCGAUUAAUCCUGGUCGACCGGGAUGUACUGCUGACGAUGUCAAUCAUGCGAAACUUUUGCGGGAACUGUAUGAAGCUUCCAGUCCAGGCUAUGACGGCCGAAUUACGGUUCCGGUUCUGUGGGAUAAACAGAAAAAGACCAUUGUGAGCAAUGAAAGCUCGGAAAUCCUCCGUAUGUUCGGUACCCAGUUCGACGCUCUGAGCAAAACGGAGGAGCAGAAGAAACUCGAUUUGUACCCGGUUAAUUUGCAAAAGGAGAUCGAUACUAUCAAUGAAUGGGUUUUCGAAAACAUCAAUCGUGGCGUGUACAAAUGUGCAUUUGCAAAGACGCAGGAAGAUUAUGACACACCGGCAAAAGCGUUAUUCGAACACCUGGACAAGGCGGAACGAAUUUUGUCUAAGCAACGCUACAUUGCCGGGAGCCAAAUGACGGAAGCUGAUGUCAGAUUGUUUACCACUUUAUUGCGCUUUGAUCGUGUCUACUACGUGCUGUUCAAGUGCGCGAAAAAGCAGAUCGUUAAUUAUCCCAACUUGUGGGGCUGGGUACGCGAUAUGUACCAGAAACCUGGUAUCAAGAAGACCGUCAAUAUGGAACACAUCCGCAAGCACUAUUACACAACGUUCAAGGAGCUGAAUCCCAACGCAAUCGUUCCCAUUGAGGCCGACAUCAGUUUCGACGAAGCUCACGGGCGUGAGAAGCUGAGUGCAUGAGUUAACAGAGAAAUCAUGACAGAUUUUAAUCUUUAAUAAAUCCAUAUUAUUGAUAUAGUCGUUAUUCUUUCUGGCGCAUAUGGUGUUGUUCUGAUGUUGUUAAGCUUUUAUUGAAUCGGUUUUUAUAGAGUGUUGGAAAAAGGUAGUUUUGUGAAACUUCUUCGAGUUUAUUAAAGAUUAUUAGCAUCGC